UUUCCCAUUCGUUCGUACGAGCCCCUUUGUUCGAAAUUAAUAUGGACGAUUCCCUCUUGGCCCCCUUCAUAGUUUUUGAGAGGGGCCUACUACGCUAGGAUUGGACGGUAGAGCGGCAACGGCAACAUUCGAAGCGGUAGAAGUAGAGGAGUGUGGGAUAGUCGAAACGUAAACGUGCUCAAGUGUAGAUUAAAAUCCGGCUCGAAGGACCAAAAAAUUUUGUGUGCGUGUGUUUGUGCCUAUAUAUUUUAUUAUAUUUUUGCUUCUUAAUGACGUUAUAUUCGGUUAUUUUUAGUCGGAUUUUGUUGUGAUAUGGAACGUAGUAGGGGUUUCGGGUUUUUUACGAAAAGAUCCCAACACUACGACAGCCAACAGCAACAACAACAGCAACAUCAACAGCAACAACAAGUUGAAAGUGGUCAGCAACACAAGCAGCCUUUGAAAGAUACGACAAAUACUCCGCCCAAACAGAAGAUUAAUAACAACGAAGAGGGACAGCCCAACAAUCAGGAGCCAUCUUCUACACAGGACAGUGAUAGCAGUAAUCAUCAUCAACAAGCCGCCGGUUCUCGGUCUCUUCAGUGUUUAGAAACGCUCGCCCAAAAGGCCGGAAUUCACGACAUCACAGCCGACGAUUGCAAGUAUGACGUGGCCAAUACUCUGCUGAACUUGGACAGGAGUCACGAAUUCAUCAAGCAAAGCGUCGACGCCAGCUCGGGCAUGUCGCAACAGCAACAGAACCAGCAAGCCAUGGCUGACCUUAACAAACAACAGCAACAAAUGGUAGAUGCCAACGCCCAAGCCGUCCAACAACAACAACAAAACCAACAGCAAGUGCAACAGCAACAGGAUCAACAACAACAGCAGCAGCAGCAACAACAGCAACAGCAACAACAACAGCAACAAUUUCAGUUGCAACAGCAACAACUGGUACAAGCUCAGAGUCCGCACUUGCAACAAGUCACUGUCAAUGCUCAAGGUCAACAAUGUAUUCAGACAGCGACGAACAUGGGCCCGCCUCAGCAACAGCACACCGCCACGAUGCAUCAACAACAGGUAGCUCAGCAACAACAAGGUCAACAAGUGCAGAUCCAAACUCAGGGUGGACAAGUACUGACGGCUGCGUCCGGCAGUACUACCAUCACGACGAUGUCGCCUCUACAGCAAAGUCAGCAAACUGGUCACCCGCAGCAAGUCGACUGGGGUCACGGCAGGGUCCAGGUGAUUCAGCAGCCGACUCAGAACCCGAUGUACGUCCAACAGUUGUACAACACUCAGGGUCAGCUUCUGAUGCCUGGAAAUAUUGCGUUGCAUCCUAGUAUUAAUCCGCAACAAAUACAGGUCAUCACCAAACCGUUCCAAGGUAACCAGAUAGGCGGCCCGCACAUGAUCACAGCCACCCAAGGCAAACAGGUGCUGCAAGGUAGCCAGGCGACCACUUUUCCAGGCUACGCUACCAUUCCUACCAUACCCACAACCCAAAAUCAGCAAACGUUGGUUUUCAGUCAACUGGGCGUGAUCAGUUCGCAACCCAAUUUGCUGCCCAACCAUUCUGGACAAGGGAACACGCAGGUGGCGCAACAGAAACCACAGGAUAUGCAUAAGCCUGGAGGUCAACAAAUGCAAUUCACCAACAGUCUUCCUUGGCAAUUCGCCGCCAACAGCAUACCCCAAGUGUGGGCUACCAACGGUCUCCAAUCCCAAGCCCUUCUGGCUUCAAAUCCUAUUUUUAUUAGAGGCACCCAAGCUGAUGGUACUCCUGGUAUGUUUAUACAACAGAACCCUCAGACAGCUACAAUUCAAACACAACCAAACCAAACUAUCGCUACUCAAGGUACAGUGGCUCAGGCACCCAAAAGCAGGCCAAUCAACGAAAAUAUCCAACCGAAACAGACCAAUAAUCGUCCUUUGAACAUUUUACCUUCCAACGCUGCCACAAUUAGGCCUGCAAGUUCGGUUUCCACACAGACAAUCGGUGCUCAGACACCUACAUAUUCAUUGCAGACGAUGGGUAACAAACAGGGUGCCAAAAUGAGAACGAAAACACCUCAGAUCAGAUCCCCCGCCCCAAAAGCUGACGCCGCCAAUCAAACCCAGUUAAAAUCGUACACCAACUUACAGCAACAUCAUAUAGUUGGAAAUAAAAUGCUAGUAAUGAAUACUUCGACGGGUAUGACGACUACAAUGACCCCCGGAUCGCCGAUGACCCCCGAAAAAGCCCAGCAAUUGGCUAAUCAGCAAAAGAACCAGCAGAAUCAGCAAGCAGCUAAUCAACAGCAACAAAUGCAACAGGUGAUGCAACAGCAGCAAGUUAUGCAACAGCAACAGGCCGCGAUGCAACAGUAUCAGAUACAGCAGGGGCAGCAACAGAUACAGGCCAAACCUAUGAUGAUUCAGACAAUCCAAGGUAUCCCGCAACAACAAAUCCAAAUGGACGGCGGCAGGCCUAUAAUGCCGGUGGUCUCAAUGUCGACUCAAAGUGCUCAGCAACAGGUACAACAACAGCUUCAGCAGCAACUUUCCGGCGGGUUACAGCAAGGGUUACCGAUGCAACCGAAUUUGGCAGUUACCCAGCAACCUAUGCAGAUGAAUAUGCAACAAUUGCAUCCGCAACUCGCCCAAAUGGCCCAGAACGGUGCCAUUUUGACUGGGCAGCUGCAGCAAACUUCGACCACUCAAGCGGUGGUUCCCCAGGUUGUAACGCAACAGGCGCAACAGGUGCAACAGCUUCAACAGAUAAAUGUAGCUGCGACACAACAACAACAACAACAACAACAGCAACAUCAGCAGCAACAGCAACAACAACAACAACAAGCUCAGCAACAACAACAACAACAACAGCAACAACAGAUUCCUUUGCCACCGGCAGUUCCUCAAGUUCACAUAAAAGAAGAAUCGGUUAAUCUGUCGCAAGAAGCAGCCCAAACGACUCAAGUAUCUGUUACUACAACAGAAGCUGAAAUACCCAAAGAAAGCGGAACUGAUGUAAAUGAAUCUCAUCCCGAAGCUAUUUUGAUAACUUCUCAAGAAACCAAACCCCAAAUGACAGGAACUGAAAAUGUAGGAGUCCAACCUGCACCAAUUCCCGUUACAAAUUCAACUUCAGAAAUUGGUCUUCCUGUUGCAACUACAGCUGAAGAAGUAAAAGAAAGAUGCCCACCUAAGGCUAUGGUCAAGCCGCAGGUCAGUAAAGUUCUGACUCAUGUAAUUGAAGAUUUCGUGAUACAAGAAUCCUCAGAGCCUUUCCCGGUUACAAGAAGUGGUAUGAUUAGUGAUUUGAAGCCAGCUCAUUCUACAAAUGAAAAAGACGAUGAACCCCCACGUAAAAAGCUGGCAAUGUCGCCGAAUAUGUCACCCAAAGGAGACAUGGCCAAAUGCGAAGCUUGCGGUAUAGUGGAUCACAAAGCUAAGUUUAAAAAGAAUAAAAGAUUUUGUUCAGUGGCUUGUUCGAAGAGUGGUAAAACCAAAGAUGACAAAAAGAAAUGGGAUAAAUCAGAAGAAAUGGAACAUGACGAUGCCAAAGCUGAAAGUACGAGUCCGUCUGUUAUUGCUGACGAUGUUCCUAGAGUGGAUCCUCUCAAGUGGGGCGUUCAAGAAGUCUUUGACUUCAUUAAAAACCUCCCUGGUUGUUCAGACUAUGCGGAAGAUUUCCUCAUCCAAGAAAUCGAUGGUCAAGCUCUUAUGCUACUAAAAGAAGACCACCUGAUGACCGCCAUGGCCAUGAAACUGGGUCCGGCUUUGAAAAUUGUAGCCAAAAUCGAUGAUAUGAGAAUAGACAAAGAACCUCCUAAACAACAAUAAUGAUGUUCGUCCCCAAUAAGUUAAGUUUAUUUAUUUUUUUCCAAAAGAAUCGAUUUUUUGAUUGUUUUGGAACAAACUUUAUUUAGUUGAUUGAAGACUGGUAAAUGUAAAUUAGUUAAGAAAAAAUUUUAGCAGAACAAUAAUUUGGAGUUUAUUGGGGGUUGAAGAUACUCUUCAACUACCAAGUUACUCCUUUUUGUUUAAAGCUACUGGAGCAAAAUCUGGGCAUUUUUCCGACAUUGUAAAUAUGUAAAAAUUUUGAGGCCAAAAUUACCUAAAAAAAUGACUAUUUUUUAUUUUAAAUAAAUCUGUAAAUAUUCACUGAGUAAAUAGUUCAAAUUAUGUUUAUUAUUGUAACAAAGGUUGAUAGUCAAGAGUCGAAUUUAUAGUUGUUCCUUGAUUCUUUCUUGGAAGUUGUUAGUUUAGAAUGGACACUUGCUAUUUGACAAGUAAGUCAAUUCUACAUGUUCGAAGCUUCUUUAAAUUCUGAGGAAGAAGUGACUAUAAAUUUGGGCCUAAACUGACCAUUGUGUGUCUUUGAUGUAAUCGAAGGAAAAUUUAAUUAUUAUAUAAAUAUUGAAAUAUUGAGGUGCACUUUUGUGUUCAGAUUUAUUAUAUUUGUGUAUUUUCUAUAAUAUGCAUAUUAUUGCUCAGUAUUUUUUUUAUUUUUCGUGCAAUUACUAUUUUUUUAAUUUAUAUUUAGCUUUAGUUUUUAUUUGAGUUCUUUGUGCAGAUAUUAUUCGAUUGAUAUUUGUUACUAAUAUAACUGCCACUAAACGAUAAUAAAUUUGUAAUUUAUAUAAAAGUGAUUUUUGUGAGUUUUUAUUUUUUUUUUGGUUUUAGCUGUGAUUGCCA